AUGAUGUCCGUUAAUGAAUGUCUGCCAUUAUUAGUGCAAUUACAAGAAUCCACCAUAGAUUUGAACAAUAACUUGGUUGAAAUACUAGGCGUUGUCAAGCCAAAGAAAUCUACAACAUCUUCACUUGCCUCGGUCACGAGAGGCUUGUACACAAAACACAACAAGUUAUUGAACCUUCUAAAUAAAACAUUAUCUAAUAUCGAGACCAAGAGUAUGGGUGAAAUUGAAGCAUUCAAAGCUUUUGUCAAUGAUUUUAUCUUGUGGUUAGAUGAUGGUACUGUGCUCUUGUUUGAAAAAUACUCUCAGGAAUGGAAAUUACAUGAGGCCAGUGAUAAUACUACAGAAUGUCUAUUGAUUGGUCCUAUAAAAAACUUGUCCAAAUUCAUUAAAUUUAUGAACUCAUGUUCAGAACAUUUAAGAAAUCCAUUUGUCCUAGAUAAGUUAAACAUUCACAGCUCGAAAUUAAAGGAAAUUGUCGACAACCAUAAAACUGAUGUCUUCUCCAAGAAGAUGAAUAAUAUUAAAUUUUCCAAUAUUAGAACUUUCACUUCAGGCACUCUUGUCAGCAACGAAUUGGUUUCAAGUUACUUCACUGUGGACCAAAUUUUGGAAAGAACAGGACAUGCCAAACUUUUAUUGGCAGGAAAGACCCCAAUUGAACUUAUUUUGUUGGACCUUAUUGGUACUGAAACUUCAAAUGCUUUAGCCAUUUUGUCUAUUGAUACUGAAAAUGAUGUUGAAGUUUCGCGUUCUUUGCUCUAUCCUCCAUUUAGAGUGAACGAGUUGUCCUUGUCACAUACUACAGAUUCAAUUGAAUUGAGAGCAAUUGACUUUUUAUCACCAGAUUCAACAAACACCAAGUCAAUCACCAUCUCAUGUGACGACGAACAUCUUGUGAAUGCUUGGGUUGCUAAAUUAUCAGGUAUAUGCCCGUUAGAACGUAAUAAUUCUCCUGUCAGUGAUCAGUUCUUGCUUGAGUCACAUUCUAGUCCAGCUGAAUCAUUAUCUGGCUUUGGUAUUAAUGUUAUUUCCGACUCAGAACACAAGAAAUCAUUGUCUUCAGAUGAAGCUAAUACGGCUCCAUCCUCUCCAACAAAGAAAAAGCCAUUCCAAGAAUUAAUUGACUCACCAACACUUUCUCCUAUCAAGUCAACCUUUGUCGCACCAAAUAGUGCUGAGUUAACUAAUAGUGAUGCUGAUGAAUUGAUGGACCUCAAAUUAGAUUCAAGCUCCAGUUCUUCAGUGAUAAGUAACGAGGAAGCCAAUUUAGAAUCUAAAUUUAAUCGUACAUUGCCAUUGAUCAAAAAGACUCUAUCUAAAAGCAAUGAAUUGGAAGAAACCUGCAAACAAGAGGCUGAAGAUGAUGAUGAUAAAUAUUUCCAAAUUAUCAACAGAAAGAAAUUAUCAGACGAAUAUUCUACUGCUGCUGAGGAGAAACAUAAAUCUUCUACAGGCGAAAUUUCCUUCGUCGAAUCUUCUCCUGAAGGAAGCGAGCCAUCUGCUGAUAUUGACACUAUUGAUGAGGAAGAAGUUGCUAUAAUUAAUGCAGGAGUUGAGAGUCAUGCUCCAUAUCAAAAAAGUUUUGCAAGUUCUGUACCGGAUUUAAACAAACCAGCCAGACAAUCUAAUUUAUACCAAUUAUCUACAGGUUCAGCUGUUGACAUUAACAACUUUGGUAAGAGUUAUAAACCAUCAUUUGCCAUGGGUGUUCAUAAUAAUGAUUCAUCCACAUCGGUCUCGUCAAGCAAGAGCAAUAAGCAGAGAAGAAAAUCUAUUUUCAGUCUUUUCAAAAAGUCAUCCAGAUCAAGUUUGGUUGAAACCCCUGGCUUUGAAACAGUUCCAAGUUCAAAGCCAACUCCAGUUCCAAAACGUCGUAAUAUGAGUACCAGUAGUACUAAUCUUGCAACUACAAUUAUUGAAGAAUCACCUCAAGAAAUCGAAAAGGAAGCAUUAAUGUCUAGAUCAGAAUCAACCUUGCCAUCAUCUUCUUCUACUAUUAUUUUCAACCAAGCUAAAGAAAACUCCUCCAGUACUAGUUUAAUUAAUCGUAACUCACCAGCAACUCCAGAAAUUGUUGAAGAAGAUUUGGUUAUUCCACAGGAAUUGAAGAACACAAUUAAUGAGGAAUCUACUCUUGAUUUCUAUAUUUCCCAAUCAUCUCCAAAAUCAUUGAAAAUAUCCAAAUGGAAACAACAAAAAUGGGAAGCUGCAACUGGGGCAGAAAAUUUGUUUGUCAAAAUUGCAAUUAACUACGAUAUGAACAAAUGUUGGUUUAUCAUUUUCAAGGAAUAUUUCGAUGAAGAACUCCAAGAAGAAGUUGACAAAGCAAUCAUGUUGUUGAAUAUUGCUCCUUCGGUUACUGAUCUUAGAAAAUCAUCUGCUAUUGAUUUGCAAAUUAAUACAACCAAUGCCAUCAAUGAUGAAAAGAUUUUAAUGAUGAUUAGAUGCUCCAAUGGGUCAUUGGCCAACGAGAUUCAUAGCAAUAUUGAAAAUGCGUUGGGUGCAUUAACCAGUACUACUUCAAGAAGUCAAAGUUAUGGAUCCUUGAGAGCCUCUAAAUUGUUGGCUUCCGAUAAUACAUUGGGUUCUUCUGUUAUGGAUUUAACUAAUCCAAGUCAAUCAUCAACAUUUACAAGUUUUUCAUCCUUUGGGGUUUCAACAGUUAGUCCAAAAAUCAAGUCACAAUCCAUUGAUGCUGAUGAAGUGUACAAUGCUUGUAUUAUUCAUAAUCCUACUUCAUUCCACAUUGGCAAAAUUGAUCUGAUGCAAAUUAGAUUACAGAAACAAUUGGAAAAUUACAGUCAAAUCAAUGUUCCUUCUUCAUGGAAAAUUUUAUCAAUGUAUAACUUGAACAUUGAAGAAAUCAUUGAUGACCUCACUCUGAGAAAAUAUUACCAUUUCACAUUGGUUAAAGAAGAUGAUGAAAAUGACGAAUUCAAAUGGUUGGUUCCUGAUGAUAAUAAAUUUGAUUAUUUGGAAAGAAUUGGUAAAGCUGGGUUAUUGGUUAAACAUAAUGAUAAUGAAAUUUACAUGAUUGAAUGUAGAGGUAAGAGGGAAUUCAAAUCGUUGUAUGAAAUAUUCUAG